AUGUGUGAUUUUGAAAGUGGGAUUGUUUAUAGACUUCAGUAUUCUGCGUCAGUUUUUGAGAAGUUCGAUUUAGCUACAGUCAUAUUUUCAUGUUGUACACUUUUAAUCAAUCCACUGGCAUUGUAUUUUACAUUUAAAGUAACCAUUGAUGCUAAUCUAUCUAGUAUCCUUAUUAUGCUUGAAAUAACAUCAGAGGCACUCGCAGCGAUAGCACAAAUUGGAAAUACAUUUUGUCCAUAUUUUCUAGCUACACCAUAUAGGUGGAUAAAUGUUUUAACUUGUCAUAUGUGGACAAAUGAAUUUUUGAUCAGUAUUUUUAAUUCAUUCUGUAGACAAAAUAUUCUUGGCAUGACAGUGGAACGUUGUUUGAAUACAUUCUUUCCAGAUACAGAUUUAUUACGUUAUCCAAAAAUAAUCGCUGGAAUUUACUGCUUUUCUUGGGCAUAUAAUCUAGUCAGUAACUUAUAUUUAGUUUUAUUUGUGGAAUUGAACGACACUGGUCAGUGUAGUAUUGUUCCAGAGACAAUGAUUAAUAGGACAGAAUUAUUAGCUUUUAGAUAUAUUUCCAUAGUAUUGAUUGAUAUUAUACCUAUAGUUUUGGUAAUGACUGUAUUCUUCUUAAUUUUAUUACACAGGUAUAAACAUAAACGUAAAACUAACUUUAUCGCUAAACAACAAAUUGGAGGCAAUAAACAAAUACAGAAACAAUUGGAUUGUUUAGUUCUUAUAUGGAGUUCCCUUGGAGUUAUGAUAAAUGUAGGAGAUUUAUUAUUAGAUGGACUUUACGCUAACAAAGAUAAUAGAUUUGUAUUUAGAGUAAUAUAUCAGAGUUUACAGUUAUUUCGUUCUUUUACAUUUAUUAUACGUUCAGUUACGUUGUUCCUAAUCUUAUCACCAAUGAGAAAUAAAAUUCUAUUAUGUAAAAACAAUAUUGUGAUUUACUUAAGAUUGUGGAAGAAUAAACCUAGUAUUUAA